AGCCCACACGAUCGGUGGCGGUAAGCACACCAUGAAUGAUCACCUCCAUGUGGGCAGCCACAGCCACGGACAGAUCCAGGUGCAGCAGCUGUUUGAGGAUAACAGCAACAAGCGGACAGUGCUCACCACACAACCCAAUGGGCUUACGACGGUGGGGAAAGCCGGGUUGCCGGUGGUGCCAGAGCGGCAGCUGGAGAGCAUCCAUCGGCGGCAGGGCAGCUCCACCUCUCUGAAGUCUAUGGAAGGCGUGGGGAAGGUGAAAGCCACCCCCAUGACGCCCGAGCAAGCAAUGAAGCAAUACAUGCAAAAACUAACCACCUUUGAGCACCACGAGAUCUUCAGCUACCCUGAAAUAUACUUCUUGGGUCCAAAUGCAAAGAAGCGCCAGGGCAUGACAGGCGGGUCCAACAACGGCGGCUACGACGAUGACCAGGGAUCCUACGUGCAGGUGCCCCACGAUCACGUGGCUUACAGGUACGAGGUCCUCAAGGUCAUUGGGAAGGGAAGCUUUGGGCAGGUGGUCAAGGCCUACGACCACAAAGUCCACCAGCACGUGGCCCUGAAGAUGGUGCGGAAUGAGAAGCGCUUCCACCGGCAGGCGGCGGAGGAGAUCCGGAUCCUGGAGCACCUGCGGAAGCAGGACAAGGACAACACCAUGAACGUCAUCCACAUGCUGGAGAAUUUCACCUUCCGCAACCACAUCUGCAUGACGUUCGAGCUGCUGAGCAUGAACCUGUACGAGCUCAUCAAGAAGAAUAAGUUCCAGGGCUUCAGCCUGCCUUUGGUGCGCAAGUUUGCCCACUCCAUCCUGCAGUGCUUGGAUGCUUUGCACAAAAACAGAAUAAUUCACUGUGACCUUAAGCCCGAGAACAUCUUGUUAAAGCAGCAGGGUAGAAGCGGUAUCAAAGUGAUCGAUUUUGGCUCCAGCUGUUACGAGCAUCAGCGCGUCUACACGUACAUUCAGUCCCGUUUUUACCGGGCCCCGGAAGUGAUCCUUGGCGCCAGGUACGGCAUGCCCAUCGAUAUGUGGAGCCUGGGCUGCAUUUUAGCGGAGCUCCUGACCGGGUACCCCCUCUUGCCUGGGGAAGAUGAAGGGGACCAGCUGGCCUGUAUGAUCGAACUGUUGGGCAUGCCCUCCCAGAAACUGUUGGAUGCAUCUAAACGAGCCAAAAAUUUUGUGAGCUCCAAGGGAUAUCCCCGUUACUGCACUGUCACGACUCUCUCAGACGGCUCUGUGGUCCUCAACGGAGGCCGUUCCCGGAGGGGGAAACUGAGGGGCCCACCAGAGAGCAGAGAGUGGGGGAAUGCACUGAAGGGGUGCGAUGAUCCCCUCUUCCUGGACUUCUUGAAACAGUGUUUAGAAUGGGAUCCUGUGGUCCGCAUGACCCCCGGCCAGGCUUUGCGGCAUCCCUGGCUGAGGAGGCGGUUGCCAAAGCCUCCCUCCGGGGAGAAGAUGGCAGUGAAAAGGAUAACUGAGACCACUGGUGCUAUCACUUCCAUUUCCAAGUUACCUCCACCUUCCAGCUCCGCUUCCAAACUGAGGACUAAUUUGGCACAGAUGACAGAUGCCAAUGGGAAUAUUCAGCAGAGGACAGUCUUGCCAAAACUUGUUAGCUGAGCUGAGUCCCCCCUGAUGCUGGUAAUCUGAAAGAUACAAUGUGGCUGAGCCUUAUUGGGUUGCAAAGGAGUAGCUCAGACCUGUUUUUAUUUGCUCAAUAACUCGACUCAUUUGUAUCUCUUCAGCACUUAUUUUAAUGUAAGAAAGUCAUUUGUUUUUAUAAAAUACAUGGGGACAAUGCUUUAAGUUUU